CGGAACAAAAGCAGGAAUAUUUUUGCCUCACUGUUUUUGCUGAAAACGGAGGGAGACGCUUUCAAUAGAUUCAGAACCUGAGGUAACAGCUGGUGCAGCAAAGUCAUGGGCAAGGCGGGGAGUAAAGUCCUCAGGGAGACAUCAAUGGAUGGAGUUCAAGCCCAGCCAACUCCUGCUGCAGCGGCUCCUGCUCCGGCUGCAACCGUUAAGUUCGAAGGACUCACUAAAACCAGUAAGAUGAAGGUGAAAUGGACCCAGCUGGGUUUGGUGUUCUUCCUCGUUUUGUCCCUGGUGAUGACAGGAUGCUUCCUCUGGCAAUACCAGCUGCCAAAACUUCUACCAGAUGAUGGGAUGGGAGGCAACUCCAAAUCAGAGAUGAUGUGUCCUCGCUUCCCCGAGCCUCUGCAGUUGGAGCAUCCUAUCCCCAGUCUGAAAGAGGCGCUGGAGAAGGUAGACCUUUUGCUUCGGCAGAGUAUCAACCCCAUCAGCCUCCCCUCUCUGUCUGCCAUCGUUAUCUUAAAUGACACUGUUUUGUGGACCGGCAAUUUUGGAAAAAGGAACGCCAGUGACCCUCUCUCAGGACCUCCCAAUGAGUACACAAUUUACAGAAUUGCAAGCCUGUCCAAAAUCUUCCCCACGCUGAUGCUGUACAAGCUGUGGGAGGACGGGAAGAUCGGCUCCCUGGAUGACCCUCUGGAGAAAUACGUGGAGAACUUUACAAUCAAAAACCCUCUGGGGAAGACGCGCGACUCGGAGCUGAAAUAUGUGACAGAUGGCCUGAUAUUUCUAGACAGCGGGGAGGUUCAGAUCCGCUCCUCCUCAGUCACCCUGCGGAGGAUGGCCAGCCAGCUCUCAGGUCUACCCAGGAGACUGCGAGCCACGAGUCUGCUUUGGAAAGGAAAAACUCAAUCUGCAAUCAAUCUGCUGCAAGAUGAUGUCCUUGUCGCAGACCCGGGCACCAAAUGUCACUACAGCAACCUCGCCUUCUCGCUGCUGGCUCAUGUGAUGGCAGAGCGAGUGGUCGCUGUCGACUACCAGCGGUGGAUCACAGACAACAUCCUAGACCGGCUGGGGAUGGAGGACACCGGCUUCGACAUCACCCCGGGGCUCCAGAGCCAGAUGGCUGUGGGUGUUUACUCCAACGGAAAGCCGGCCCCGCUCUACGAUCUGGGCUGGUACCGGCCUUCGGGUCAGAUGUUCUCAACGGCAGCAGACUUGGCCAAGCUCGCCAUGGUUCUGCUGGGCGCUUAUCACCGCAAGAUGCUGGAGCCAGACUCGUUGAAGAUCAUGCUGACGCCGCUCUUCAGGUGCGAUAAGGACUACUUUGCCAACCGUACUGGGACGCCAUGGGAGGUGAAUGAGCUGAAGGGCUACGAGAUGGUGCGUAAAGACGGAGAUCUGGACGGCUACUCCGCCACCUUCUCCCUGGUGCCCAAACUGAAGCUCGGUCUGGUGGUGCUAAUGGCUGGCAGCCGGUCUCAGAACCAGGACUUGGUCACUAAGGCCUACAACCACAUCAUACCAGCCAUAGAGAAAGCCUUCAGGGAAGCCAGGAAGGUCCUUUCUUCUCCGCCAAACCCAGAACCUUACGUCGGCUUUUUCACGUACGGCAACAUCACCUUCUACGAGAUAAAAGUCGGGCCAGAUGGCGUUCUGAUCAUGCAACAGUUUGGGCCUCAGAUAGAAGAGCUCAUCCCAGAGAAGUACAGGACAAUAAAGCUCAACUACCUGGUCGAGCGGGUAUUCAGAGUAGUUUUUGUAAAAGAGUACCCUUGUAUUUUGCAAGUUGGCACGGCCUCAGUGUCCCUGGAAGCCCAAGAUGGCCAAUUAUUUAACUUCUACACGUUUGACAAGCGCGGAUUGUCCCCUGGGUUUGAUGCACCAGGACUGAACACGUACAAUGUGGUCAGAAUAGCCCGCAGGCCAACCUUUUCAAGCUGAACUGCAGCCACGUACAGGGACAACUGGUGUGUCCUUGGUAUACAUGAGGGACUGUAAACAGGGACCAAAUGGAAAAAAUAUGGUCAAAGAUGAGAUUGCGGUUUUGAUAACAAAGAGAGCAGAGAGGGACAAUGAUAUGUGUAAUAUCUCACACAGAAGAUGAAUUACUUUCGCUCUUGAAUGAUGUAUAUGACUGUCCUUCACUACGC